UUAUAAAUACAUUUAUUCAUGGCAAUAUUUAUUUCUGCCAAAUUUUUCUUCUGAAAAUAUUUACUUAUGAACAAACAACCUUUUAUUUUUACUUAUGAACGGUGUUACUAGUGGGAAUACGUCACUCUGCAACGAUCCCAUUAAGGUUGACACUGUUGACAUGUUGAGUGUUGACAAAAAUCACUAUCGAUUAUCUUUCCCUUAUCGAUAUUCAGUUAUUCCAUGUUGUCGUCAAAUGUUUAUCUCGUCUACUAUGUUUUGACGCUUGUUUUAACAGCAGUACAAAGCAUAUUAUUGUUAAUUUUAGGAUAUAUUUGUACCUUUGUAAAAAUGAGUGCCAACAAAGAAGAUUCACUUCGGCGAGUUAGACGGAGAAAAACUGUCAUUGGACCGAGACAGGAAUUACGCAGAAUAAAGGAACGUGUUGAUUCCUUUCUGUUAGAAGCUUCCCAACAAGAAAACCAAUAUAGACAAUUACAAACGUCACAUAUGGUCAAUGUUCUCUGCACUGAAGUUUACUCGAUGACUUUGGAUAUGGUUCCAAUAACCACCAACACGCAUGCCCAAACUGAUAGUGAUGAUCUUCAGCACUUAGAAAUUGAUUUAUCCCAUUAUGAACAUAUUGGUAAACAUGAGACACAUAAUGAAGAUCAACCAGAGUCAUAUAUGUCAUCGUACAGUGAAUUUGGAUUGCGUGAACAAAUAAAUGAGAGUUUCUCGUCUACUGAUAGUUCGGAUGAAAACCAAUUGGCAGACUUUGAUGAUGGGAUGAACAAGGACAGUGACGUAGGCAACGAUGCAUACGAAAUCAAAGUUAAACAAACGAUACUGGAGUGGGUUGUUGAAUGUAACGUUCCCAGUUAUCACGUCAGCAAUAUACUUAGGAGGCUAAACGUUGUUGCAAAACUGUCAUUCUUACCUCUCGAUUCCCGAACACUUUUAUCGUCCAGACGAGGGAAAUUGAAUGUCAAAGACAUGUUUCCUGGAAAGUAUCAUCAUUUUGGAGUAGAAGAAUCUUUACAGGCCUUACUACUAUCAAUGGAUUCAAGAAAAGUUCCAAUACCUUACGAAUUAAAUAUACUAUUUAACAUUGAUGGCCUGCCACUAUCAAACAGCAGCAGUAGCGAGUUUUGGCCAAUUUUGUUCAAAGUGCAAGGCUUGGAAGAUGUUUUAAUAGCUGGAAUUUACCAUGAAAAAAAAACCAGAAGAUGUAAACGUUUUUCUUCGAGACGUCUGUGAGGUUAUUGGCAAACUUACAGAAAAUGGAAUGCAUUUCUUAGGUAACUUAUCAGGGUUUAUCUUCAGGGCCUUUCCAGUGAUUCCCCAGCAACCACUUUUGCUUUAUGCAUUAAAUCGCACAACGCGUACUUUGGUUGUCGGAAAUGCAUCACCAAAGGUUGUUGGGUACAAAAUACUAUAAGUCAGGACCUAUCCUGAAUUAGACGCACCACUUCGUACAGACUUCUCUUUUCUUCAAAGAUUACAACCUGAGCACCACGAGAAAAAUGGUAGACAAUCAAUUCUUGAGAAGGUCUUAAGGGAUGCUGUCAACGAUUUGGUUAUUGAUUACAUGCAUCUUGUCUGUAUCUGAGUACACAAGAAACAACUAGAAGAAUGGGUGUAUGGUAAACUCGAUAAAAGCAAAUUAGUAAAACAAGUGAGACAAUCCAUGUCGUCAUACCACGUAGGAUUAAUCCCAUACAUACCUAGCAAUUUCGUCAGGAAACCAGGACCGAUGGAAGACCUACCUCGCUGGAAAGCAACGGAAUUGAGGCUUGAUCUACUGUACAUGUGUCCAACUAACAAGCAAUUUCUUUCAGAAAAUAGAUUUGGUCAUUUGAUGCUGUUACACGUGGCAAUUAAACUUCUUGUAAAUAAGAAGGAUUGUCGCAGAAACACAAGUUACGCAGAGGAAUUGUUGAAAGCUUACGUUUCAACAUGCCCAAUAUUAUAUGGAAAUCAGCUAAAUACUUUCAGUGUUCAUUCCCUGAUUCAUCUACCGAAUGAUGUACUCAACCAUGGAAGCCUUGAUGAGUUCAGCGCAUUUCUCUUUGAAAACAAGUUUCAGAAAAUAAAAAAUUUAAUUAGGAAAAGUGGUAAACCAUUGCAACAAUUUUUAAAUCGUUUAGAAGAAAUCCAGCUUGCUCACUUUGAAGGAGAUGCAAACAAAAGUCUGAAGAAUUCGCUUGAUUUAUUGGGUUUACAUAGCAAUGGUCCACUACCUAUUACAGAAUCUAUUUUAAAUGGGGAACAGUUUAAAAAAUUGCAUUUCAAUGACUUGUUUUCACACCUAAGUUACCAGAGUACUGCAUCUUUUUGGAAAACAACAACAUCGUCCUUAUUGAAAUUUUUUUUUAACGAUGAACGGAGAGAUCUUAAUAGUAGGAAAACAGUAUUUGAAACAAGAAGACAUGUUUAAAUACCCUCUUCCUUCAUAUACCAUCAGCGAAUUCCUUGUGUCACAGCUCUCUAGUUUGGAUUUGUUCCAAUUACUUAACGUAAAAUGCAAAGCAGUACGGAUACCGAUUGCUAUUCCGUCAAAUGGUUUUUUCUUUGAGUGUCCACUCGUCAAUACAAGUACUGCGUAGUUGUUACAUAAUCAUCUGUACUUCUGUAUGUGAUGUUGGAGUCGCACUCAACUUAAGAAAAAUUCAAUGAAUAUCUAUAAUACAAACUCAUUAUAUCAGAUAAUAAUUGUUGCUUAAAAAUAAACAUAAAUGGUGUAUAUAGGAAACGACAUCCUAUAAACAUUCUAACACUUA